CUUCUUCGACUCUCCAACUAUUGUUUGAUGUUUAUAGUUUAUAACAGAUUUAUAUUCACCCGGCUGUUACAAAUUUAGUAAAAUUCUUUAUUUUCCUUUUAUCCUUUAGUACUUGGUUCUAUAUUAAGCUUAAUUCUACUAUAUAUUUCAAAAAUGUCUAGUGAUUCUGUCAAAAAUUUUUCAAGUUUAGAAACACCAGGUUAUGUAGGCUUCGCAAAUCUACCUAACCAAGUUCAUCGAAAGUCAGUGAAAAAGGGUUUCGAGUUCACUCUCAUGGUUGUAGGGGAGAGUGGUUUAGGUAAAAGUACCCUCGUGAAUGCCCUUUUCUUGACAGAUUUAUAUCCCGAAAGACAAGUACCAGAUGCCACUGAAAAAAUGAAACAGACUGUUAAACUAGAACCUUCCACUGUAGAAAUUGAAGAACGUGGCGUCAAACUAAGAUUAACAGUUGUCGAUACUCCAGGUUUUGGAGACGCCAUAGACAACACUGAUUCAUUUUCGGCCAUAAUAAGAUACAUAGAUGACCAAUUUGAAAGGUUCCUACGGGAUGAGUCUGGGCUUAACCGCAAAAACAUAAUGGAUAACCGUAUCCACUGUUGUUUUUACUUCAUAUCUCCGUUUGGCCAUGGUCUCAAACCGCUCGACAUAGAAUUUAUGAAACAACUUCAUAACAAAGUCAACAUUGUGCCAGUUAUUGCAAAGGCUGAUGUUCUAACAAAAAAAGAAAUGCUAAGACUGAAAAAAAAAGUGAUGGAUGAGAUUCAAGAGAACGGUAUUCGUAUUUAUUCGCUUCCUGAAUGUGAUUCUGAUGAAGAUGAAGAAUACAAGGAGCAAGUGAGGCAAUUGAAACAAGCUGUUCCAUUUGCUGUGUGUGGAGCAAAUACCAUGCUCGAAGUGAGGGGGAGGAAAGUAAGAGGGCGGCUGUACCCUUGGGGAGUUGUUGAAGUCGAGAAUCCUGAACAUUGUGAUUUUAUUAAAUUGAGAACUAUGCUAAUUACGCACAUGCAGGAUUUGCAGGAGAUCACUCAGCAGGUGCAUUAUGAGAAUUAUAGAUCAGAGUGCUUAGCAAAAGGAGGCCUUCCAAAACGCAAUACAAUUGUUGAUGAAAAGGGUGCUGCAACUAGUGAUAAGGAUAGGAUAUUGUUGGAGAAAGAAGCCGAGUUGAAAAGGAUGCAGGAAAUGAUAGCUGCCAUGCAAGCGAAAAUGCAUCAGCAACAGUGAAUCUUCAAGUAUCAUAUUUUUUAUUAUCUUAAAUAUAAAGAUAGGGAUAUUUUUGCGAAUAGACAUUAUCCGAUGUAUUUUUAUUUUACGAUUUUUUUUAUUAUAUCGUGUAUGUGGAUUAUAAUUUGAUAUAUAGAAAGCUA